UAGAAGUGACCAGCAGACCCAGAGCUUUGAAUUUUGUUCUUCUGAGGCCAGUUAUCACAAGAUGUUCCUGGAAAUGCUGAACCCCAUGCACUAUAAUGUCACCAACAUGGUCCCGGAAGCUAUGCCGGUCAGCGCCAUGCCCCUGCUGCUGAUCAUGGGCCUCCUCUUCUUGAUAUGGAACUGUGAGAGCACAUCUUCCAUACCAGGUCCUGGCUACUGUCUGGGAAUUGGUCCCCUCAUUUCCCACGGUAGGUUCCUGUGGAUGGGGAUUGGAAGUGCCUGCAACUACUACAAUAAGACCUACGGAGAGCUCGUGAGGGUCUGGAUCAGCGGGGAGGAAACGCUCGUCAUCAGCAAGUCCUCAGUCAUAUUCCACGUUAUGAAGCACAGUAACUACAUCUCCAGGUUUGGCAGCAAGCGUGGGCUGCAGUGCAUUGGAAUGCACGAGAACGGCAUCAUCUUCAACAACAACCCAGACCUGUGGAAAACAGUUCGCCCUUUCUUUAUGAAAGCUCUGACAGGCCCCGGCCUCGUUCGGAUGGUGGAAGUGUGUGCAGAGUCCAUCAAACAGCAUCUGGACAGGCUGGACGACGUCACCAACAACUCCGGCCACGUGGAUGUGCUGACCCUCAUGCGACACAUCAUGCUGGACACCUCGAACAUACUCUUCCUGGGGAUUCCCCUGGAUGAAAGUGCCAUUGUGAAAAAAAUCCAAGGUUAUUUUAAUGCAUGGCAGGCUCUCCUCAUCAAACCCAACAUCUUCUUUAAGAUUUCUUGGCUCUACAAAAAGUAUGAAAGAUCCAUCAAGGACUUGAAAGACGAGAUAGCUGUUUUGGUGGAAGAGAAAAGACAGAAGGUUUCCACAGCACAGAAGCUGGAAGACUGCAUAGAUUUUGCAACUGACUUGAUUUUUGCUGAGAGGCGUGGAGACCUGACGAAGGAGAAUGUGAACCAGUGCAUACUGGAGAUGCUGAUCGCGGCACCUGACACCAUGUCCGUCACUCUGUACUUCAUGCUACUUCUCAUUGCAGAGUACCCUGAUGUUGAAAUUGCAAUACUGAAGGAAAUCCACACUGUUAUUGGUGACAGAGACAUAAGGAUUGAUGAUAUACAAAAUUUAAAAGUGGUGGGAAACUUCAUUAAUGAAAGCCUGAGGUACCAGCCCGUCGUGGACUUGGUCAUGCGUAGAGCCCUGGCCGAUGAUGUGAUUGAUGGCUACCCAGUCAAGAAGGGAACCAACAUCAUUCUGAAUAUCGGAAGAAUGCACAGACUCGAGUAUUUCCCCAAGCCCAAUGAAUUUACCCUUGAAAACUUUGAGAAGAACGUUCCCUUCAGGUAUUUUCAGCCCUUUGGCUUCGGGCCCCGCAGCUGUGCUGGGAAGUACAUCUCCAUGGUGAUGAUGAAAGUCGUCCUGGUUACACUUUUGAAGAGAUUCCAUGUGAAGACAUUGCAAAAACGAUGCAUUGAAAACAUGCCCAAAAAGAAUGACUUGUCCUUGCACCCCAAUGAGGACAGACACCUUGUGGAAAUAAUUUUCACUCCAAGAAAUUCAGACAAGAACAUCAUUAAACGCCUUUAAUCCCAGCACUCGGGAGGCAGAG